UUAUUUCUGCUCUAAAUCUCAUUUUCUCAAGUUAAAACGCGGCUCGCGCUGAUGCCCCGCGGGCUUGUGGGGACUUGAGUCGGGGUACGAGGUGUCAGGAAGAGGGUUGCGCAUUAAUUUCACCUACUGCGAGUUAGUUAGUUGGAGGAUGUAGCGGCAAUAAAACACACUGCAGCAUUUCAGUCUGUGGCUCUACGGGACGGCGGCGCGCCCCGGUACAUACACGCACAGAGUGGCGCGAGGCAGACGGGAAGAGCUGUUCUCACACGCUUCAUAAUUUAAAGCCGGUUAUGCCGAAUGAUCAUAACUCAUCAGAAUUUGCUGCCGGGACAUCACAACUCCGCCUGACAUUGAGUCAGCUCGUGCACGAGAGAUGCUGCGUACACGCGGGCGAGAUGCGAGGGGCUCCGGGGGCUUGAUGUUCGGUGGCAGGUAGCAUUAAGACAUCACUGCAGGAAACGAGGGACGUGCGCGCUCUUUAUCGGCCCAUGUGACUCCGAUGCAAGUUCCCCCGUUCACCUCCUCCCCCUCCUCCUCCUCCUCCUCCUGUCUCCGCCGUGUCCGCUCCGCUCCGCUCCGUCGGAUGCCAGCCGAUGAUCGCGGCGCACGGAUCGGAGCGAAGGAUUCUUCCCGGUGACGAGGCACAGUUGGAUGCGUUUCCUCCUCCGCGCAGAGGACGCAGCGUCACAGCAGUCGGCUAAAUAAACGCUGCUGAGGCGACCAGCGGCAGGAAGAGAGAAUAAGCCGACGGAGGCCGGACUUGGUAGCUUUUUCCUGUCAUUUAUCGUCUUUUUUUUAUUUCUGAACUUACGGAUUUCAUUACAACGACUGCGCGCCUGGUUGCGCAAAUCGGCCUCGAAACUCUUUGUAGGCGCAAAGAGCGGAAAGCAGCACCCGCAGGUUUUCGGACCACCGUCGUGCGUGACGUGCACGUGCACCGCUGGCCAUGGUAUUGCAUCCCGCUUUGAAUCACCUUGACGCCAGAUCGGUUGAUGUAGCGCUCGUGGAAGGAGACUUGGAGGUUGUGCCGAGGUUGGGUUACUUCAGUCGGACUUCAUCCAUCAUCUGCUCGCCGGUGCCUUUUCCCGACGCCAGCGUGUUGUUGGACGUCUCCGAGCUGGUGGAUUUCUUCUGACUUCUUUCUGAUUUUUAACCAGAGUUUGGAUGGAAAACAAAUAAAGAGGAAAUAGCUGCAGGAUGAAAACAUGGCUGCACCCCUUCUUGCACCCCCAGGACCUGACAGCUUUAAGAAAUUCACCCCAGAGUCUCUCGCUAACAUCGAGAAGCGCAUCAAUGAAGAGAAGAACAAGAAGCCGCCCAAGCCCCGGUCGGACAGCAGUCACCGCGACACGUCUGACGAGAAUGAGCCCAAGCCCAACAGUGACCUGGAGGCUGGGAAGAGCCUGCCCUUCAUCUACGGCGAUAUUCCUGACGGAAUGGCGUCCACGCCCCUGGAGGAUCUGGACCCCUUCUAUUUGAACCAGAAAACAUUUAUAGUCCUAAACAAAGGGAAAACAAUCUUCCGCUUCAGUGCCACACCCUCCUUGUACAUCUUGAGCCCUUUUAACUUACUUAGGCGAAUAGCUAUUAAGAUUUUGAUACAUUCGUUAUUCAGCAUGAUCAUCAUGUGCACCAUUCUGACCAACUGUAUAUUCAUGACGUUCAGUGACCCCCCAGAGUGGUCCAAACAAGUAGAGUAUACGUUCACAGGUAUCUAUACGUUUGAGUCACUCACAAAGAUUGUUGCGCGAGGCUUUGCUAUAGACGGCUUCACCUUCCUCAGAGACCCCUGGAACUGGCUGGACUUCAUGGUCAUCUCAAUGGCAUAUAUAACAGAGUUUGUGGACCUUGGGAAUGUCUCGGCGCUGAGAACGUUCAGGGUUCUCCGAGCAUUGAAAACUAUUUCUGUCAUCCCAGGCCUGAAGACCAUUGUGGGGGCUCUGAUCCAGUCUGUGAAGAAGCUGUCGGACGUGAUGAUCCUGACCGUCUUCUGCCUCAGCGUCUUUGCUCUGAUCGGACUCCAGCUCUUCAUGGGGAACCUGAGGAACAAGUGCGUGUUCUGGCCCAUCAACAUGACCGACCAGUACCUGUCGAAUGGCAGCAGGGGCUUCGACUGGAAGGAAUACAUCAUGAAUGACACUAAUUUCUACUUCCUGCCUGGUCAGCUUGAUGCACUACUAUGUGGAAAUAGCUCUGACUCUGGACGGUGUCCAGAAGGCUUCACUUGUAUGAAAGCCGGCAGGAACCCCAACUACGGUUACACCAGCUUCGACAGCUUUGGAUGGGCCUUCCUCACCCUCUUUCGCCUCAUGACCCAGGACUUCUGGGAAAACCUCUACAUGCUGACUUUGCGAGCUGCUGGGAAGACCUACAUGAUCUUCUUUGUGCUGGUCAUCUUUGUGGGCUCCUUCUACCUGGUGAAUCUCAUCCUGGCUGUGGUGGCCAUGGCUUACGAGGAGCAGAACCAGGCGACCAUGGAGGAGGCAGAGCAGAAGGAAGCCGAAUUCAAGGCCAUGCUGGAACAGCUAAAGAAACAGCAGGAGGAGACACAGGCUGCUGCCAUGGCGACAUCCGCGGGCACGGUGUCCGAGGCUGCACUAGAGGAUGAGGGAGGCGGGCACCUGUCCCGCAGCUCCUCUGAGGUGUCCAAGUUGAGCUCCAAGAGUGCCAAGGAGCGGCGCAAUCGCAAGAAAAAGUGGCGGCAGAAAGAGCAGGAGAAAGAAAAGGGAGACAGCGAGAAAUUCGUCAAGUCCGAGUCGGACGAUGGCAGCAAGAAAAGCACCAUCCGUUUCCCAGGAAGUCGGCUGGGGAGAAAGACGUCCAUCAUGAACCAGUCAUUACUCAGCAUCCCGGGCUCGCCCUUCAUGUCGCGUCACAACAGCCGCAGCAGCAUCUUCAGCUUUAAAGGCAGAUCCAAGGACAUAGGCUCCGAGAACGAGUUCGCGGACGACGAGCACAGCACGGUGGAGGAGAGCGAAGACCGCCGGGGCUCCCUGUUCAUCCCCUACCGCCGCAACAGCUACAGCGGCUACAGCCAGGGCUCCUCGCGCAUCCACCCGCUAGCGCCCCACUCUGGAGGCAAGAGGAACAGCACAGUGGACUGCAAUGGCGUGGUGUCUCUCAUCGGCCCUGGGCCUGGCAGACGGCUUCUGCCUGAGGUGAAAAUAGAUAAGGCAGCCACUGAUGACAGUGUAAGGACGUCCAUGGGACAACAAUACAGUACUACAGAUGUAGAGAUUAAGAAGAAGCACUCGGGCUCUCUCAUGGUGUCUGUGGAUCAGCUCAACUCCUCCUUCAAAGGAAAAGACCACGCUAACAGUCAGAUGAGCGUAGUCACCAACACGCUGCUGGAGGAGUUGGAGGAGUCUCAGAGGAAGUGUCCUCCCUGUUGGUACAAGUUUGCCAACAUCUUCCUCAUCUGGGAAUGCUGUCCCAUCUGGCUGAAAAUCAAACACAUCGUCUACUUGAUUGUCAUGGACCCGUUUGUUGACCUGGCCAUCACAAUCUGUAUUGUCCUCAACACUCUGUUCAUGGCCAUGGAGCACUACCCCAUGACUGAGGAGUUUGAGGGGGUCCUGUAUGUUGGUAACCUGGUUUUCACAGGCAUUUUUGCUGCGGAGAUGUUCGCUAAGCUGAUCGCGAUGGAUCCCUACUACUACUUCCAGGAAGGCUGGAACUGCUUUGACGGCUUCAUCGUGACUCUGAGCUUAGUGGAGCUGGGGUUGGCUGACGUUGAAGGUCUGUCUGUGCUCAGGUCCUUCCGAUUGCUGAGAGUGUUUAAACUGGCCAAAUCGUGGCCCACCCUUAACAUGCUGAUCAAGAUCAUUGGUAACUCAGUGGGAGCUCUGGGCAACCUGACCCUGGUGCUGGCCAUCAUCGUCUUCAUCUUUGCCGUGGUGGGCAUGCAGCUCUUUGGCAAAAGCUACAAGGACUGUGUGUGUAAGAUUGCGGAGAGCUGUACGUUGCCUCGAUGGCACAUGAACGACUUCUUCCACUCUUUCCUGAUCGUCUUCCGCGUCUUGUGCGGCGAGUGGAUUGAGACCAUGUGGGACUGCAUGGAGGUGGCGGGACAGUCUAUGUGCCUCAUCGUCUUCAUGAUGGUCAUGGUCAUUGGGAACCUGGUGGUGCUGAACCUGUUCCUGGCCCUGUUGCUGAGCUCAUUCAGCGCAGACAACCUUGCCGCUACAGACGAUGACGGCGAGCCCAACAACCUCCAGCUCGCGGUUGCCCGCAUCAAAAAAGGCAUCGCCUGGGUUAAGGUCUUUGUAGCCACCGUGCUCAAGAAGCCGCCCAUGGAGGAUGAACAGAAACCUCUGGAUGAAAUGUACGAGAAGAAGCUCAACUGCAUCGCGAACCACACCGUCGACAUCAACCGUGAAAUGGACUACGCCAAAAAUGGCAACGGCACCACCAGCGGCAUUGGCAGCAGCGUCGGAAAGUAUAUGAUUGAUGAAGACUACAUGUCCUUCAUCCACAACCCCAACCUCACUGUCUGCGUUCCAAUCGCUGUCGGGGAGUCGGACUUUGAAAACCUGAACACUGAGGACUUCAGCAGUGAGUCAGAUGUGGAGAACAGCAAAGAUUUGGACGACACCAGUUCUUCUGAGGGAAGUACAAUAGACAUAAAGCCGGAUGAAGAGGAGGUGGUGGUGGUGGAGGUGGAGGAGUACCUUGACCCAGAUGCCUGCUGGACAGAUAAAUGCGUGGCCAAAUACAAGUGCUGCGAUGUUCCCAUCACUCAUGGCUGGGGGAAAUACUGGUGGUUUCUGAGGAAGACCUCCUACCUGAUUGUGGAACACAACUGGUUUGAAACCCUCAUUAUUUUCAUGAUCCUUCUCAGCAGCGGAGCUCUGGCUUUUGAGGAUGUGUACAUUGAGCAGAGAAAGACCAUCCGCAUCAUUCUGGACUACGCUGAUCGGGUUUUCACCUACAUAUUCAUCCUGGAGAUGCUGCUGAAGUGGGUGGCGUACGGCUUUGUCAAGUACUUCACUAACGCCUGGUGUUGGUUGGACUUCUUUAUUGUGGAUGUGUCUAUAGUCAGCCUUAUAGCUAAUGCAUUGGGCUUCUCCGAUCUAGGCCCGAUUAAAUCACUCAGGACACUGAGGGCCUUGAGACCCCUCAGGGCCCUGUCACGUUUUGAAGGGAUGAGGGUUGUGGUCAACGCCUUGGUGGGAGCCAUUCCCUCCAUCAUGAACGUCCUGCUGGUGUGCCUCAUCUUCUGGCUGAUCUUCAGCAUCAUGGGCGUCAACCUGUUUGCCGGAAAGUAUUAUUACUGCUUCAACGAGACGUCUGAGGAGUACUUCCUGCCUCACGAGGUCAACAACAAAACGCAGUGCUUUUAUUUCAUCAACUUAAACUACACUGAGGUCAGGUGGAAGAAUGUCAAGAUCAACUUUGACAAUGUGGGUGCGGGAUACCUGGCGCUGCUGCAAGUGGCCACAUUCAAAGGCUGGAUGGACAUUAUGUAUGCAGCAAUAGAUUCCAGAAAGGUGGAGGACCAGCCAGUCUACGAAGACAACUUAUACAUGUACAUCUACUUUGUCAUCUUUAUUAUCUUCGGCUCGUUCUUCACCCUAAACCUCUUCAUUGGUGUCAUCAUUGAUAACUUCAACCAACAAAAGAAAAAGUUUGGAGGCCAGGAUAUCUUCAUGACAGAAGAACAGAAGAAAUACUACAAUGCAAUGAAAAAGCUGGGAUCAAAGAAACCACAAAAGCCAAUUCCCAGACCACAGAACAAGAUCCAGGGCAUGGUGUUUGACUUCGUGACGCAGCAGGUGUUCGACAUCUCCAUCAUGAUGCUCAUCUGCCUCAACAUGGUCACCAUGAUGGUGGAGACUGACGACCAGUCGGAUGAAACGGAGAAUGUGCUUUACUGGGUCAACUUUAUCUUCAUUGUGGUGUUCACUGGCGAGUUUCUGCUGAAGCUCUUUGCACUGCGUCACUACUACUUCACCAACGGCUGGAACAUCUUCGACGUGGUUGUGGUCAUUCUUUCAAUCGUGGGGAUGUUUCUGGCCGACCUGAUUGAGAAGUACUUCGUGUCACCCACGCUCUUUAGGGUGAUUCGUCUGGCUCGAAUCGGCCGAAUCCUGCGUCUCAUCAAGGGCGCCAAAGGCAUCAGGACUCUGCUGUUUGCCCUGAUGAUGUCCCUUCCUGCCUUGUUCAACAUUGGCCUGCUCCUCUUCCUGGUCAUGUUCAUUUUCUCCAUCUUCGGCAUGUCCAACUUCGGCUACGUGAAGCACGGGGCCGGAAUCGACGACAUGUACAACUUUGAGACCUUCGGCAACAGCAUGAUCAUCCUCUUCAUGAUCACCACGUCAGCGGGCUGGGACGGCCUGCUGCUGCCCAUUCUCAACUAUCCUCCAGACUGUGACCCCCUGCUGGAGAAUCCUGGCACCCCUUCCACAGGAGACUGUGGUAACCCUUCUGUGGGCAUCUUUUUCUUUGUGAUGUACAUCAUUAUUUCUUUCCUAAUUGUGGUCAACAUGUACAUCGCCAUCAUCCUGGAGAACUUCAGCGUGGCCACAGAGGAGAGUGCUGACCCACUCAGCGAGGAUGACUUUGAGACCUUUUAUGAGAUUUGGGAGAAGUUUGAUCCUGAUGCCUCCCAGUUCAUAACCUACGCCAAGCUUUCUGACUUUGCCGAUGCGCUGGAGCACCCACUCAGAGUCCCCAAGCCCAACACCAUCGAACUGAUCGCUAUGGAUAUGCCUAUGGUGAGUGGUGACCGCAUCCACUGCCUGGACAUCCUCUUUGCUUUCACCAAGCGCGUGUUGGGCGACAGUGGUGAAUUGGACAUGUUGAGGCAACAAAUGGAGGAGCGCUUUGUGGCAGCCAAUCCCUCGAAGGUCUCUUACGAGCCAAUCACCACCACUCUGAGGCGCAAGCAGGAGGAUGUGUCGGCCCGCAUCAUCCAAAGGGCAUACCGCGCCCACCUGGCGAGACGGGGUUUCGUCUGCAAGCGCAAGCCGGCCAAUAACAAAGUGGAGAACGGCGGCAACAAUCAAGAGCAGGAAAAGAAGGAGAGCACUCCCUCCACUGCCUCCCUGCCCUCCUAUGACAGUGUAACCAAGCCUGACAAGGAGAAGCAGGAUGACAACGAGGGCAAGGGAGGGAGGAAAGACAAAGGAAGAAACCAAAAAGACAUCAGGGAAUCAAAAUGUUAGAGGAUUAAAUCACAGUUAUAACAAUAAUAUUGUAACUUGGAGCAAAGCGAGAGGGAACUCACCACACAGAUGUACAGAUUAUUUCAUUUGCAAGUCAGAAAAAAAUAUAUUAAGUAAUUUUGUUUACAGACUUCAUUCUUAUAUUGAUGCAACGGAAGCAGCUUGGUCUGUUACAGCUUGAAGACUCAAACUAAACAUAAUCAGCAUACUGUGUGACUCUGUAUUUAGACUACCGAUAUUAACACAACGGAAUGAAAUGCAGACCCGGAGAUGUCUGCUGCUACUUACCACUGGUCUACAAAUGAGAAACUCUUCACCGAGAGGGUAGAUUGGGAAAAAAAAACGCCAAAGGGAUCCAGCGCCUGGAAGCAAGUCAAGGACUCCAGUGGAAGACAGAGUGCUGUGAAGGACAAACGAGGACGCUGCUCAAUGCUGAACAUCUGUCCUCCUAAAGCAGCCAACGAGUGGCUCUGUGCCAUUCAUCACUGACGCGUGCAGAGGAGCAAACGGCACUUUCGCUCUAUUAAAGAGCAAAGAGGACGGUCGGUGAGUGACAGGGAGCGAUGGAAGUACUUUUGUGUUUGAUUCAAAGCUAGAGGUUGUUAAUUUGAGCAGCAAAAAAUGCUAAAGAACAAUGUUCAACAUUUUGCCCAUGUCACGUAACUCUUCUACUCAUUCGAUCUUUGUUAUACCCACAUCAGAACGCUUUUUUUUACAUGGGCUUUCACACCAAUUGGUUAAGGGUCUGUUUAACAUGGGGUCAACUCAGGCCAAGGGCUUACAUUUACUCCGAAAGAGUUCCAACCAAAUACAUAAAUAAUUGUGCUUGUUCAAUGCAUAGAAAUGACUUGCAUGAUGGCAUGUUUUGAUCAGAAAUCUUGCAUGAAUUAUCAUAGUCCACAAGACACUAAUACUCAGACCACAGCGGGGGCUCGACUGGAAGCUCGAGACAUUGUCAAGAGUCAUUUGUUAGAGAAGACGAGGGUUGAUGAUCUAAAACGGAUCCAGGUUUAUUAUCUCAUCCUUCAGCGCCUUUCAAACACCCAUGUUUCAGAUGUUCAGAAGAUCGGAAUAUGUCUGUGGGUGGGAACGCGGCUGCAGUCAAUCAGUGGCUGAAUCCAAACCGUUAUUUGCUGCUAUGGAGAGUUUGAGCGUGCGGGACGUAGAAACAGGUGUGUGUGCCCGUUCAGUCGGACUGAACCCUGGAAGGAUGCAACACUAUGAAACUAAGGAGCUUUUGUUUAUUGUUUUCAUGCACCGAUGUCGUGUUCCAUGCCGUCUGCCUUUAGUUACACGUGAGCAGCCAUUUUGUGUUCAUGGGGGAUUUCACAGGUAUGCAAACUCCUUACUCCAGACCUCUAUGUGUGAUGUUUCUCUGAGUGGUUAGACCUUCACUGAAAGGGCUGAGAUGAGAUUUGACUAUUCAGUUUACAUCAGUUGAUGCCGUGCAACUUAUUCAUUGUGUGUGUAUGUGUGUGUUCUGCUUUUGUUCUUUCUCUGUGAUUGUUUCUCCCCAAUGUAAUUUUCCUGUUGUCUUGGGUGACGAGUCCUAUUUUAUAGUUUUAUACACCACUUCUGUGGGGAUGUUCUGAUGCGGGAACACGUUUGUUGGCUGCUUGUAGAAGCCCUCUUCAAACGAGAAACGGAAAAGCACGAGUGGCUGAGGAGAUGGUUUUGCGUGGAGAAGCCAAAGAGAUCUGCCUUGUCAUCGGGUGAAGAGUGCCCUGCCCAUUCUGUUUUUCCACUGUCAUUAUACGACAGAGAGACACUAGAAAUGUAUGCAAUGCUUGAAAAAUCCAUCCCUUUUUCUCAGGAGAUAUUAUAGAUGUAUUAUUAUGAGCUCUGCAACAAAAUGCAACUGAAUGUGACGGGAGUAUUUAUGAAAUCACGUUUUGCUGUUUCGUUUUUUUACGCCAUGCUGAUGGACAAUGAUCUCGGCCCGCUGCCUCAUCUCUGCAGCUGCCCGGUCAGGGGCCAGUUUAGCGCUUCCCGCUUACGACGCUUAGAAUUAUAGGGCUAGACGCAUCUCAGUGAAGCGGCAUCAUUUCGCUCGCUUGUAAUGGCGGCGUUUCUACCGAUCGCAGAUUAGGUUUGUUUAAGUCAUUCCGAACUUGAAUCUGGUCUCGUUUUAAUUUCCACACACGGAUUAGAAACAACCUGCACCCAGGAAGCAAACCCAGCCACAGGGGACACUGUGAGGAGCAGUCACGUGAGCCAAUCGGGAUUCAUUGGUUUGAAUAGAGCAACUCAAUGGCGGGGCCCAGAUUUCAGUGUCUGAGAGCCUCUCGUUUGCCGUUUUCCUCAUCUUGCUCUACUGCAUAACAAAUACCAAAUAAUCAGGGGGGCACUGGAUGCAUUCUUAUGGUACUGUGAGCCUAAACACCACUCUAGAGCUUUUGCACUUACUGUUGUGCAGUGAUGUCACUUCCUGUUUAUGAAUAACUCCCUCGCCCGUUCUCCCCGAUCCACGGUCCAUUUGCUGCAUGAGACCUCCAAAAUCAGUGUGGGUGUUAACUUGAACCAAAUAAAACUCUGAAUGAUAAGCAUUAAAGCUACUGCCGCCCAUUUUCUCUGAGGUCACCGUGGAUGUACAGAUACAGCUGUAACAGUAAAAAACAAAAACCUACACACACACACCUUUGGGUAAUAUACUGUUCAGUCUGUGUUCAACACGCCACCAACAACAGUCAAGGAGGGCGUUUUUAAGAAGCUAUAAAUAAUGUAAUAUAUUAUUUUAUUUUAACGGCAUGGGUAGUUUUUUGUAAAUACAGGACUACUUAAAAACUACAGCUAUUAACCUAACACUAAAUAUUAAUAACCAUGAAUAGAAUGGCUUCCAGCUGACACCUCCUGUCACACUCGUUAGGCUGUGACACAUUUGUUAGACGGAGUAGAAGGAGGAAUUGUGAGGUGACACCAGGACCACAAAGUGUAAAGUGUGAUCAUGGCCUGUUCAGAGGAUGAAGCGAACCUCUGGCCUGCACAGGUACUAGGUACCAGCGUACGGUGCAUGGUGUUGUACUGGCUGCUUGCUGAGGAUGGUGGCGCCUGCCUUGGUGAAAGGAUUGCACUACCAGCAUCCCCCCUUUGUACUCGUGCGACGAUGUCUUGCCCCCAGUUUGCUAUUGUGCACACAACGAUAUACAGACGUAUGAGCGUCCACACACACACACACAGCCUUCUCAGCCUACUCAGCCCUCCUGCAGGCAGCUGCUGGCCAACCAGUGCGCCCCAGUAUGAGCCACAGCUCACUUUGUCGCUUGUCCCGGCUCCAGCCCCUGCUCCACGCCCCCCCACCACCACUGCUGCAGUUUGAAGUCCAUCUUUCAUUUUUGCCGUCACUUUCGAUAUGAUAUAUCUAAUGAUUUAAGGGUUAGUUGUCCUAACUGUCUGUGUGUUUGUUUAUGGUGCAAUAUCUCUUAACGGCACGUGCCUUUUUAGCUUCCUAUUUAGUCUAUUAAUAAAAUCAGCGACGAGGAUCUCAGAACCCGUGGGAGUGAAUCCGAGUGGAGCACGGUAGAAACAGCGUAUUUAAUUAAAAAUGUAAACUGAAAACUCACCAACUAGAUUAGACUGUCUGGACUAACAUCAUGUAGAGUCAUGUAGUACAAGUGUUCUCUCUGUGUGCUCUGUUCGCCGGCGCCUCUGUCGGUGGGAGAGCAGCUUGCCUUCGGUUUUUACACUCUCUUCAUUUCCAGGUGUUGCUUUACCAAUUGGUAUGAGGCCAUUACUUUGUAGCAUGACUGCGAGAAAUUCCUUUCCUUUGCUGAAUAUAGGCUAACUGAAGAAAAGAAAAAAAAACAACUUGACUAUCAUUAUCUCUUGCCACUAAUACAGUCAGAGUGAGGACAUGUGUUGCACAACCACAUAGGAAAAUUAAAAUGAGAAUCCGUGAUGUCUGAAGAAUGUCUUCAUUUGAGCACGAACCUAUUUCCGAACAAUAAAGCAGCCUUCCAGUUACA